GAUCGCACGCGCUGGAGGUCAGAGAAACUCCAAAAUGUCGGCUGCUAGUCUCACGUCCUUGAGCCGCUGUGGUUUUUUGGCUUUCCGCUCCCCCGCAGGACUGGUGGCGGUGCGGUACGCCCAGACAGCAGCAGCUCCAGCACCUGAGCCCAGGAUAAAGAAGUUUCAGGUGUACAGAUGGGACCCAGACACUCCAGGAGACAAACCCCGUAUGCAGACCUACGAAAUCGACCUCAACACUUGUGGCCCAAUGGUUCUUGAUGCUCUGAUCAAGAUCAAAAAUGAGAUGGACUCCACUUUAACCUUCCGCCGCUCCUGCAGAGAGGGUAUUUGUGGAUCCUGUGCAAUGAACAUUAACGGAGGAAACACACUUGCCUGUCUCAACAAGAUUGAAACCAACCUCAGCAAGCCAACUAAGAUUUACCCUCUGCCGCACAUGUAUGUGGUGAAGGACCUGGUACCUGACAUGAGCAACUUCUAUGCCCAGUACAAGUCUAUUGAGCCCUACCUGAAGAAGAAGGAUGAGUCAAAGGAAGGAAAGGAGCAGUACCUGCAGACUGUCGAGGACAGACAGAAACUGGACGGGCUGUAUGAAUGUAUCCUGUGUGCCUGCUGCAGUACGAGCUGCCCCAGUUACUGGUGGAACGGAGACAAAUACCUCGGGCCUGCUGUGCUAAUGCAGGCUUAUCGUUGGAUGAUUGACUCACGAGACGAGUUCACAGAGGAGCGUCUGUCCAAGCUGCAGGAUCCUUUCUCGCUCUACCGCUGCCACACUAUCAUGAACUGCACCAAGACCUGUCCCAAGGGCCUGAACCCGGGGAAGGCGAUAGCUGAGAUCAAGAAGAUGAUGGCCACAUACAAGGAGAAGAGAGCAGCUGCUGUCUGAAACCUCAGUGUUCCUCUUGUACAACCUUUCCCUCCAUGAUAAAAUUAUAUAUUGAUUUAAAAAAAUGCUUUUUGAGGUCUGAAGGGCCAGAACACCUGUCAGCUCCACCACCACCACCAUCACCACUCCCUACAGACCGCACUCAUCUGUAAUGGAAAUGUGUGUGUGUGUGUGUGUGUGUGUGUGUGUGUGUGGUUGAAGGACUUGGUGUUAAAUAAACGCACAUGUACAGUAUGAAUGCACGAGAGAGUGUGUGUGUCUGAGUCUUGCAUGUACCAUAGCAGACGUAUUUAUCUUCAACGCUACUGUGUGCACGGUCGUGCACUUGGGAGACGUGAUGCUGCAUUUUAAAGUAAACAGGAACAGUUUCUUGUUAACAUUUUUAGCUUAUUUGCUUCAAAGACAUACAGUGUUUAUGUUCCCUCAGAUCUUCCAACAUACCAAUAACAGUCUUUGUUUUCGUGGAAAAUAAAUAGUUGCAUUGCC